ACCAGUUACAUCCGCUGUUAUUUUGUCAAACCGGAAGUUUGACGUAUUCGGGCCACAGUUAGCUUGACGGCAGUGGGGAGAGCCGCUGACAGAGUGAAGUCUAGUAAAAGGGGGUUGAACCGAGGACGUGCGGUUUUCUUGGAAAAGUGGCAUCUGAAGUGAAGAGGACGAGUCUCGCUCUGCUCAUCAGCCACAACCGGGACUUCACUUCCACACAGACACCGACUCUGUCACUACACGCACCCGGAUUUUUAAUAUUCUUAUUUUAUUUACCUGCAUCCAAGCUGCGGCACACUCUAACCAUGAGGACAAACGUAUGGAUUUACCAGGCUCUGCUCUGUGCUGUGGUCAGUGUCCUGGACACAGGCUACUGUAAAAAAAGUCAUCAGAUGUUACAGAGAUACGAGAAGACAGAGAAACGCAUGCUGGUCUGCACAGACUGUCCUCAGAGUCCCGUGGUACUAAAGAGCCGAUCGCAGGAGCACUGCGCUCGCAAGUGCAAAGUGAAGAGAAACUUCAGCUGCAGGGCCUUCAACUUCCACAGGCACAACAGGAAAUGCCACUUACUUCCCUUCGACCGUUUCACCCGUGGCGUGAAGAAGCAGGCCAACGUCAACUUUACUCUGUAUGAAAAAAAAGAUUAUAUACGGGAGUGUAUCAGCGACACUCUGGACUACAGAGGAAGGAGGUCCUGGACCAAGUCUAACAUCACAUGCCAGGCCUGGGCAGAUAAUAACAUCAAUGAACACAGGUAUGAUCCUGAGAGACACCCAACACAAGACCUCAGGGAGAACUUCUGUCGGAAUCCUGACAACGAAUCAGGUGGUCCGUGGUGCUUCACCACUGACCCCAACGUCCGAACUGAGAAGUGUGGCAUUCCACAGUGUUCUGAAGAAGUGUGUAUGAAGUGCAACGGGGAGGAUUAUAGAGGAAAAGUGGAUUAUACGGAAAGUGGCAAGGAGUGCCAGCGAUGGGACUCAGUGAGGCCGCACAAACAUCGGUUCCAGCCCAAAAAAUAUCGGGACAAAGACUUAAAAGACAACUACUGCAGGAACCCAGAUAACCGUCCCCGCCCUUGGUGUUACACAAUAGAUCCCAAAACUCCAUGGGAGUACUGCAACAUCAGCUUGUGUGAAUCCACAUCCAGCGAGGACACAGAUGUCAAUGUAACAACAUCCUGUUUCCAGGGGACGGGCACAGAUUACCGUGGCACGAUGAAUGUGACUCCAGAGGGAGUGACAUGUCAGCGCUGGGAUUCUCAGUUCCCCCAUAACCAUUCCUUCCUGCCACAAAACUUCAGAUGCAAAGACCUGCGGGAGAACUACUGCCGUAAUCCCAAUGGGGAAGAUUACCCAUGGUGCUUCACCACGGACCCGAAUCAAAGGAUUGCCAACUGCACUCACAUCCCCCGGUGUGAUGCUGAGGACAGCCAAAAAACGGAGUGUUACGAAGACAAAGGAGAGACGUACAGAGGCACGCUGUCCAUAACUCGCUCCGGGAUUCCCUGUGCAAACUGGUCACUUCACAUAAACAGUGAGGAUUCUCACUCCACAGUAUCCCAUGUAGGGCUGGAGAAGAACUACUGCCGGAACCCAGACCGGGACAAGCACGGCCCCUGGUGCUACACCAACCCAAACAGUCGCUUGGCCUGGGACUACUGCAAACUGAAGCGCUGUGAAUCAUCUACAGUAGCUCAACUCAACCAAACUCAACCCAGACCGAAGAUUUCAUGCUUUGUGCACAUUAGCACCAGGAUAGUUGGGGGGCAUCAAGUGAGAGGUGCAGAUGGCAGUUGGGUUGUGAGCAUCCAGAGAGAGAGGGUUCAUUUGUGUGGAGGCUCACUGAUCAGAGAAGACUGGGUUUUAACAGACCAACAGUGCUUCACUUCCUGUGUUCCAGAUCUCAGGGAUUACAGCGUCCAGGUCGGUCUCAAGCACCUCAACGAGUCCUCAAACCACCCGAGAUUACGCAUCUCCCGCCUGAUAUGCGGCCCCGAAGGAUCCAACCUGGUGAUGUUGAAGCUGGCAGAUGCCGCGCCCGUGUCAGAGGGGGCCUUUACGAUUCAUCUGCCAGUGAAAGACUGUCACAUCCCUGAAGGCACCAACUGCUCCAUGUAUGGAUGGGGUGAAACUAAAAAUACAGGACACGAUCAGACUCUCAACACUGUAAUCAUGCCCAUGGUUGACAACAACAUGUGCUCACGGAUUAAAGGCAAAGCUGGGGAAAGCCGAAUAUGUGCCGGCGGCAAGAGAGGAGAAGGUGUAUGUGAUAAAGAUAAUGGUGGCCCAUUGGUCUGCCAGGAACAUGAGCGUAGAGUCAUCGUCGGCGUCAGCAUCCAACGGACAAAAUGUGCGUCGUCACAGCCUGCGCUUUUCGUCAACGUUGCCUUUUACUCUGAGUGGAUUUACAAAGUCUUCAGACUUUACCCCAGUGUGGAGAGUGACUAAAAUACAGUGGUGUCACAAUCACUUCCUGAACCACUAAAUAGGUUGGAUCUACGUUUCAGGACCUGUCCAGUGUGGACCACAGGGAGAGAUGAGGAAACGCAUAUGGAGAAAAAUGGCUAUUUUGGGAUUUCAUUGGCCGAACGUGUCAUUUUUUUAAGGAGGUUCUGGGAUUAAAGACUGGAUAUAAAAAGAGUGGAAUCUCACUCCUUCUCCCACAUGCUGGUUGUUAGCCUGAAUGACAUCUUUACAACCAGUCUCGGGUAUAUGGACGGCACCCAAAAAGUAUUUUGACAUGAGGGUGACACCUUUGACUCAGUAUUAUCUCCUGGAAUAUACUUGAAUACGGACAGAAAACAGAUGUUUCGAUCUAGACUGCAAAACACCAACUGCAACACCAAAUGACGUGAACGGAGAGAAGAAUUGUCCUUCCCAGAUGUCAAUUUGUCACAAUUAUUAGAUAUACAGCGGUCUGCACUGGCCAACCCUAGCAAUGGUCUACCCAGGAAACGGGACAAGAGCUGAAUCAUUUUAGUAAAACUUAUUUUUACUUGCAUAAAUAUUCUCUUGACAGAAAACAACAGAGCUAUUAUAUUCCUAAUACAAUUGGCAUAUUCAUAUUUACUGACGCUGAUCAAUUUUCCAGAUAACAUGUACAUGUUUUUUCCGCAGGAUGUUUCGCAAUUUCUUUCAGUGUUAUCCGUAUGAAUACUUUUCCAAGCUACCUUGGAGAGGUAUUCUGAGGUACUUUUUUCUCCAACGUCGAUCUUUUAAUGUUGGUUUCUUCUUGACCUACUCCCUAGUCCAGACAGAUUCGUUUAUGUUGCGGUUCAGAUUCUGUGGGGAAGUCAAGCACUGACAGUGUUACAUUGAGUAUAUUUUAAUGGCAUUUGCAGAGUUGCUCAGAGUUCAGAGCUCUUGUUAAGUAGGCACUCCACAGAUUGCACUGCACGAUUGGUCUUAACAUGUACGGUUGUCGGUAGCUGAAAUGCAGACCUAAACCAUUACAGAGCCUCUUUUUUGCUUCCAGACAGUUAUAUUUUGCUGUCGUUAUGAUAUUAACUGCCAAAACUCUGAAGCAGAAAUUAAGAAAAAAACGUGUCUAUCUGUUAGAGAAAUUGGACCAGCAUUUUCCGUCCUUUUGUAAUUUUGCUAGUUCUAUUGGCUGGUUGUUGAUGGCUGCCUACACCAAAAUAUUCCAAAUUCUUACCUAUAGUCUAUAGACUACAAAAAACUUAUUAACAAUAUUUUUGACACCUGGUGCAGAGACUGGACUGAGAAGACAAUGGUCAAAGAUCUGCUCUGUAACUCUUUAAAGAUCAGAGACCUGUUCAUGAAGACUAUACUUUAUUUGAAAAUCCAGUGUUUUAUAUUCUUUGAAUAAAAUUGAGGGAGGCCAAAGUCAAUAACCUGCUUUGGGAGACCCCAAAGUCCAACAGAUGAUAGUUUGUGGCGUCAAACCAGUACUUGGCGUCAGAUUAAAGACAACGUAUUGCUGCUUGAGAAGCUACCUGCUGCAGCUUUGGCAAACCAUCUGAUGCUAAUUGAGCUCAGUAGCUGGACUACCUUUUCCCCAGUUAGCUCUGACUGUGAGUUUCCCUGUGCGAGGGUCUAAGAGUAGGACUGAGCAAAAUCUUAUGCUAAUAUUUGAAGCAUGAGAGAGAAGAAUAACCAUGCCAACAAUAACAUGGCUAUUUGGUCUCCAGUUAGGAGGGAACUGUGGCCCCUGGUGGGCUGUGUGUGGUCAGUAGGAUAUUAUAUAUAUUGAUUUUUUUAUAUAUUUUUUUUUAUUUUAUGGAAAGUGACUCCUUAUGUACAUAGCUGCCAAUUUAUGAAUUUUUGAUUCUGCUGUGCUGUAAGAUUUUAUGGGUCUUAUAGAUCUAGAAUAUUUCUGGUUCUCUUGGUCAUGAAAGAUUGGCUUCUUCCUGCUUCUGACUAUGAUAAAUAUUUAAAAAGACUUUAGCCUGUAGGUAGUUUUGUAUAUUUAUUUUUUUACAAACAGAAGAGGUUGUUGAUAUACCUUUUUGUUUGUAAUAUUGACGUAUAAUUUCAGGUUGGACUCGCGUUAAUGCCACAAAGACAAUAAAUUUG